AUGCCCCGGGUAAGUCUAACAUACGAAAGGCGGAGACGACGUGAAAGAAGAGAUCAAUCGCGGCAAUUUCUAGGGCUUACGUCGGGGCAAGAACAAGUCCCCAGAAUAGAUAUUAGACCUCAAAACAUAGAUGAAGAAUCUCGUAGUUUUGCAGCGUUUCGUAGAGAUGUAGACGUGGCUCUCACAUUCCGUGAAAUAACCCAAAUAGGAAGAGAACGAAGAAGAGAAGAAUUCAUUCACAGUUCAAGGAGGAGUUUUCUUAGUGAUGAAGCAAGGGAUAGUUUAAUUAGACCCUUUGAAAACGUGUAUCGAAGGAGACAUCGAAGCAGAGAUGUAGAAUUUCGCCCUGAAACAACCCAACUUGAGGUUGCGACUGAAGAUAUGACGAGGGAGGCGCGACUGUUUAUGGCCGCCUUUGACACCAUAAAAGUAUCUGUUGUUCAUAUUAAUGAAGUUCCUGUCUGUGUGAUUUGUCUUACUGAAUAUAUGGUGGGAGAAGAUGCCUCACAAAUGCCAUGUCACAAGAAUCAUAUAUUCCACCCGGACUGUCUUUACCAAUGGUUAGAAAGGAAGAGAAGCUGUCCACUCUGUAAAGCGAUGGUUUCUUAUCCAUUGCCACCACCCGCUUGA